GUGCAACUUUCCCGUUUUACUUCACUUUCUUUUUCUGGACUCCAAAAAAAAUAAAAAAUAAAAAAUAAAAAAACUAAAGUGAAAACAGAAAAAGCAAACUCCUUAGUUAACCUCUCGUACAGGAACUCAAAACUCAAAGUCAGAGAGAAGAAGCACUUCCUUCAAGAAAAUUCUCUCUAACCCUUUUUAUAUUAUAACUUCAUCAACAUCCUUAAAAUUCACUCUUUGUCUUAAGCUUCUUUCUUUUGUAGAUUCUCAUUUCUUUUUUUUUUUUUCUUUUCUUUUUUGAUUCUUUUGUCAAAUUCUUCAUUUUGCUUUUAUGGGUUGUGUUUAUUAAGCAGUGGCAAUGGGUGGUGGUGGUGUUGGUGGUGGUGGUAGUGGUAAAGUAGAGGUGGUAGAGAGUAAAGGCUGUUCAAAGCUAUUGAUUGGUUUGUCAACUCCAAUGUCUUCUAUGAGAAGUCUACACCCAUUUGAGCCAAUGUCUCCUGCUUCAUCUUCUCUUGCUUCUGAGACCUUCACUGCUAGAUCAGGCGCUCCCUUUGCUGGCCUAGUUAUCUGUGUCACUGGUCUCUCUAAAGAAGCAAGGAAACAAGUGAUGGAAGCGACAGAGAGAUUAGGUGGCCAAUACAGUGCUAAUUUACAUCCCCAGUGUACCCAUUUGGUGGUUCAAAGCUUUGGUGGACGCAAGUUCGAGCAUGCUUUGAAGCAUGGAUCAAAAAAUGGUCUCUUUGUUGUCACACUUGGGUGGUUUGUGGAUAGUGUCAAGAGGAAUGUGAGGUUGAGUGAAUCACUCUACAGUGUUAAGAACUGUGGAGAAAAUGGUAUGCGCUUGGAUGAGUUGAAUCGGCUUGCUGGGUUUUCAGGCACUGAAAAUUCUUGUCUGCCUGUUGGUACUCAUGGAGCCAAGAAAUUUGACAUGAUUGAAAAAUCAAGGUUUUCUGGAAGAGAGUUGAAUAGAAGUACAGGCUCAACCCUUUCUGGUCACUCCUUGUAUGUUGAUCCAGGCAUUUCAGCUGAACUGCGUAAUAAGGUUGUUGAGGCUGCUGCUAGAGAAGGUGCCAAACUUGUAGAACAAUGGUUUGUUGGUUCUGGUGCUAGUCAUGUGGUUUGUGAAGGGACUUCUGUGCAAAGAUAUCUUGGCCACUCAAGCAACAUCAUCACACCACUGUGGGUUCUGAAAACAGUAAAGGAGAAAUAUGUACAACGGCUUGUUCACAUGUCCGCUGACUUGGCCAGGCAGGUUGGUAUGAUGCUUGAAGAUUCUCAAAAUGGCAUUGCAGGGAAGGAAACAAAUGGGCAAAAUGUCCCUGAAGAUGAUCAGAGUUGUAGAAAUAAAGCAAGCCUCAGUGAAAGGCAACACCUUGUGAAAUCUGCUAAAAUUGGGGUUAGAAAUCGCCGUGAUCGUCGUAUGCAGACCUGUCAAACCCCAAUACAUCCAAUAACCCCAACCAGCCUUUUGGAUUCAAUCUGCUGGUCAAUAUCCGAGCCGACUUCGACUGCUUCUAUUUACACAGACUCUUUCAGUGUUGAUGGUACUAGUGAACAUCCCUCAUCUGUAUUCCUAGAUGCAAAAGGCGAUGGCAAGGAUUCAGAAGCUUCAUUUAUGAACUUAACCCGGCCACUUACAGAAAGUGAGAAAUCUGAAUUGAUAUUUAAAUACCAUUUUCUUACCAUACUGCUUCCCAUUGACCGAUUUGCUGAGAUGGGGCCUUCUUCAAGAACGUUUUUCAGCGAUAAUGGCUUUACAUGUUUGCAAGUGUUAGAUCAUAUCUAUUCAUUUUAUCAGGAGAACAUGUCUGUUCACGAAAUAGAGGCUGCAAUUCACACCGAUUCGAGGCAUGCAGACCGGCUGCGAUCAGUGUACUCUAGUAGAGAAACAGCAGAAUGUGGUUAUGUGGUUUUUAAACGGAUUGAUUUCUUAGGAAGUCGCAAAAGUUUUGAAGUGUUGAAGCGUGUCAGUGGGGACAACAACAGUAACGUGUACGAGCUGUUGGUCAGGGCAUGAUGUCAUCUUUUCAGUGGCUAAUCCCUUUCCCGUAUUUUAGUUUUGAUUCAGUGGUAGUUCAAUGGCCUAGCUGAACUAUUAGUUCCAGGUCAAGAUGCAUUCAACCUUGCUUCUUUGAGAUCUCAAGAAGAAUGGUAAAGGUUUCUACCAUGUUAUAGAACACUUAAGAAUAUAUGAUUUGUAUUUACUCUGCAUAGUGAAUGGUAAAUGAGUGAAAUAUUUACAAAUAGUCUUUUUGUUCAAAGCCUACAGAUUGAUAGUAUACACCAAUUCAAACGGCAGUGCCUUUACACAGCAGCUUUGAAUUUCAGAUCCCUUGUACAUUGAUGAUACAUUUGAUGGAUAAGGAUUUUUUUAUUAUUAUUAUUUUUUUUUUCA